AUCCAGAUCCACCAACUAUUGUAAGUGCAACAUCUGAUCCUGCAACUGUCAACAUAAUCACACUGACCUGGACUAAUCCAGCAAAUGGUGGAGAUAAAUACAUUAUCAAAUGGGAAGCAAUCAAUCCUUCAGACUCUAAUGAUAAAGACAAUACUGAGGUUGAGGGCUCAACAACAACUUAUAACAUAACUGGACUCACAGCAGGUGUAGAAUAUAAUAUAACUAUGCAGGCAAGGAAAGGCUCAAAUGGACUUAGUUCUGAAGAAGUAACAUCUGGGAAAACACACCCUGCAUCACCACGUAAUUUGCGAGUCACUGCAAGAGACACUACUACCAGCAUGAAGAUUGCUUGGGAUGCCCCAAGUGAAGGCACGGUUGAAAGCUAUAAAGUUAAUUGUUCAGGGGGGCAAGUAAAAAAUAUAGAUGGUGUCACGGCAGAUAUUGAAGGCCUGACAGCUGGAACAGAAUACACCAUCACCAUCAAAGCUGUUAGUAAUGAACUUCAGAGCCUGCCAUAUGGCAAGAAAGAGUAUACAACUCCCGCCAAACCUGGGGAUAUAACAGUACCUGAAGAAUCAAGAACUAUAAACUCACUUGUUGUAAACUGGGGAGUACAAACUGGACAUGUUGAGUCUUAUGUGGUAACAUGUACAGGUGGUGGUGCAGUAGGGACAGUUGACAAGGAAAACAGGAGAGUGACUAUUACUGGCUUGUCUCCUGGAACAGCAUAUGAUAUCACUGUGAAGGCAAAGAUUGGAUCUAUGGAAAGUGAAGAACAGAAAAUAACAGGGAUAUAUACAGAGCCGAAUAAGCCAGGUACUGUCACAGUGGACAAUGAGGAUGUUACCAUCACAGAGGCAAAAGUAAAGUGGACAAAAGGAGAUGGCAAUGCAGAUAAAUUCAAACUGGAGUGUUUGGAAGUGACUGACAGCAGAGUGGUGUUUACUGAUGACAAUAUUGCAGGAACAUCAAGAGAGGAAACAUGUACAGGUCUUUACCCAGGUCGAAAUCACACAGCUAGGGUGACAGCAAUGACGAAUGGGGGGACUGUCAGUGAGCCUACAUCAUCACCAGAAUUUGUAACAAAGCCACUCCCAGUACAGAAUGUUACAAUCACAAACACACAAGGAACUACAGACCUCACAGCUACAUGGACCACACCUACUGGAACAGAUGUAUCAAGCUUCAAAGUGCAGCUCCUCACUGUUGAUUCUGAUCCUGAAGAUGUAGAGACAGUUCUAACUAAGACAUGGAAUGACCUAGUACCAGCCAAACAAUAUACAGUCUCUGUAUGGGUAGUCAGUAAUGGUCAGCAGAGUACCAACACUGAUGGCACAGGAAAAGUGUGUCCAAGCAUUCCAAUUGAAGUAUCAUCUGAAGUGACAAAAAAAGAGUUAACUGUAAAUUGGUUGAAGUCUGAUGGCCAUGAUGAUCCUGAUGCGUAUGAAGUCACGAUCAAUGCUCCACAAAUGAAAAGGACUGUUGGUGGUGAUAAGAGGACUGCACAAUUCACUGGUCUUACCCCAGGAAAAAGAUAUGAUAUAUCAGUUGUGGCAAAGGUUUCCUCUCCUGAAUGUUUCAGUGAUCCUGCUACAUCCAAUGCUACAAUGGAUGAAGACACUCCAUCUCCACCACAAAGUCCCAGUCUUGGUGAGGUCCUGGACACUGCAGUGACACUGAAUUAUAUACCACCUCUAGAACCAAAUGGUGUUAUACAAUACUACAUCAUAGAGAUUGAACAUCCCAAUAGAACAGUAUUUAGUGAGAAUACUACUGGUCCUGAAACAUCAUACACAGUAGAAAAUCUCAAACCAGCUCAAGACUACAAGUUCUGGGUUAAGGCCAAAAAUGUAGCAUAUACAAGUGCAAGAUCUAAUGUAGUAACCACAAAAACAAAGGAAGCAAUGUCUAAGGCUGUGGCAACAUUCUCACUUGAAAGUAAGACCCAUAUUUCAUUAGAGUAUACGUGGACUUAUCCAAGUGAACCAAAUGGGGUCAUCAGUCAGUACAUACUGAGGAUAUUCAACAAAGAUAAGGAUGAAUGUGUGAUUGGAGUAAUCUAUAAUUGUGAUGAAUGUGUGAGUUCACAAGAUACUCAGGCCAAUAUAACAAAGGUCAUAGAGAACUGCAGAACCAACAAAACAGUGCCAUUUAAUGAGAAGGACAGAACCUUCACAUAUAACACCACUGAGGAACUCAUACCAUAUGAUAUGUAUGAGGCAACAGUAUGGCCAGUUAACACAGUUGGGAGGGGGCAUGAAGCUGAGUUAAGCAACAGAACAGAAGAGUGGUAUCCUGGACGAAUGGCUCCCCCUACUAUAUCUGACAUACAGGAGAGACAAUUCACAGUGACAUGGGAACCACCCUCUGCUCCUAAUGGUGUCAUAAUUCAGUAUCAGUACUCAUACUACGCAGGUGAAGAUGUUGGCAAUAAUAUAACAAAGGAUGUAAAUGAAACCUACGUGGUUAUAGCAGGGUCACCUUGUAUCAACUACACUGUUGCAAUAAAAGCUAAAACCAAAGUUGGCUUUGCGAUUGAAGGAUUUUCACCACCCAGUUCUGCAACACUUCUAACUAACACCCCUAGUAUACCAACUGGAUUGAAGGUUGAAAACAAAAGCUCUACUGAACUACGUGCUACAUGGACACCCCCAGCUGAGACUUGCCCAUUUAACUUCAACAUAUUUUUGUAUGAUACACAGAACCCUGGAGAUAACCCUAGAAAUGCCACUUUGGACAAGAAUACUACAGAGAAAGUUUUUGAAGAUCUACGAAAAUACUGGAGUUACACAGUCGUCGUUAGAGCAGUCACAGAUAAGAGUCCAGGUCCAAAUGCUACAUUGGAUCAGAAAACUUCAGAAGACUUCCCAGGACCUGUUCAGAAUGUAAAUACAACUGUUGUGGAGAAUGCAUGUGCAACUGUCAGGGUAACAUGGAAUGAACCACUGCCAAAAGAAAAGAAUGGACUCAUUGGCAGAUACUACAUCACUUAUGCGGGAAAUAGAACUAAUAAGCUAGAUCAUAGUGGAAGUGUUAUGGUAACUGCAGAAGAGAAUAAUUCAGGCUAUACUAAAGACAUGAAGCUCAAUGCUGAAUACAAUUAUACAAUAUCUGUUCUGGCUAACACAGGUGUUGGGAAUGCAAGCAACAGUUCCAUUAAAUCCAGUGAGGUGUCCAGGCUCUCUGCAUGUAAUCCAACUCUGCCAACCGAAUUAAACAAUCCAGAAACAGUAUUUUCUGCACCUGGCAAACCUGAAGGAGAUGCUAGGUCUCAGAUUGUGGUUUCUAUACCUGAAGACUUUUUUAAUAAUGAUGCCAAUGGUGAUAUCACAGAUCAGGGAAUAAUUGUUGUUGAUGGUGACAGAGUUUCAGACAAUAAUAAACUUGGAAGGGAAGGCAUUGUCCAUGUUAAAGGAAGCAAUAUUACAUAUGGAGGAAUCAAAUCAGAUGAGAUAUUUCAGUUUUACAGACCUACCCCAAAAUGCUGGCUCCUUAGUAGUUGCCCUAGCAUGACAGUACAAGAUGGGCGAAAGAGGCGUGCUACAACUGAAGUUCCAAAGACCUACACUGUUGGAACAGACAAUAGUGACUGUGGGGGCCACUGUAAUGGUCCACUCAAGGCAAACAGGCCAUACAGGGUUCGGGGGUUUGUAUGCACAACUGUUGGAUGUACACAGACUGCAUUUGGCCAGCCUAUCAAAACAGAUGCUGACCAAACAGGGGCUAUUGUUGGAGGGGUCAUAGGAGGACUCUUGGCUGCUGUCCUCAUUGCUCUUAUUGUGUUGUUCCUCAUGAAGAGAAGACGAGAUCAACCACAAGGUAAGGAUCCUAUGAGACGUGAGAUGUCUACAGCAACUGGGACACGUCUCAGCCAGAUGGUGCAGGACAAUCCAGGAUUUAUAAAUGAUGAAAACACUUAUGAGGAGUUUGAUUCAUUUCAACCAAAGUCUAGGCCUGUCAAACUAGCAGAUUUCCCUGCACAUGUUGUUAACAUGCAUAGAAACACAGACCUGCUCUUCUCAGAGGAAUAUAAGGCUGUGAAGAUGCUAUGUGCUAAGACGCCACAUGCCCCAUUAUCAACCACAAAUACUAACACCAGCAAAAACCGUUAUACAAAUAUUCUACCAUAUGAUCAAUCCCGUGUGAAGCUGCUCCCAACAGAUGACGAUGAGGGCUCUGAUUAUAUUAAUGCUAACUAUAUGGUGGGCUAUAAUUCCCCAAGAGAGUUUAUUGCUGCUCAGGGUCCCCUUCCAGGAACUAAGGAUGAUUUCUGGAGAAUGAUCUGGGAGCAGAAUGUCUCAUUGAUCGUCAUGGUAACACAGCUUAUUGAGAGAGGCAGAGUGAAGUGUGAACAAUACUGGCCAAAGGAGGUAGGGGAACCAGAAUUCUUUGGUGACCUUCAAGUGACCUUGAGAUCCCAGUCUGUACUAGCUGAUUACACAAUCCGUGUUCUUGAUGUCACUUUGGGAAGCACCAGUCGUACUUUGAAACACUUCAACUACACAAUGUGGCCUGAUUUUGGUUGCCCAGAUACCACUGAGUCAUUGUUGAACUUUGUGCGCGUCACACGGGGUUACAUCACUCCGGAUGUAACUGGUCCAAUAUGCAUUCACUGCAGUGCUGGAGUUGGAAGAACAGGCACAUUUAUUGCUGUUGACAGACUUCUACAACACAUGAAAGCUCAUGACAGUUUAGACAUAUUUGGCAUUGUCAUGGAGAUGCGUGAAUACCGGUGCAACAUGGUCCAGACUGAGGACCAGUAUAUAUUCAUACAUGACUGUAUCAAUGAUGUGCUCAAAGCUGAGGCUGCCCAAGAUCAACAAAAUGGCCAGCAGAAUGGCCAAGUUGCUGAGAGGGCUGUAUAAUGUAUGUGGAGUUAGAUGUAAAGUACAUGCAGGUAGAAUGAAUGUGCAGUUCCAUGAAAUCAGUCUCAUUCUGACUAUUUUAUUAAUUAUUGUGAAAAUAUACAUUCUGAAGUCCUGUUUAUGGCGAGUUGUACAAGACCAGUAAACAUUAAGGCUGGGCCUAUAUUAUUAAGAAUUGAGAAGGGAUCAAGAAUGAUAGAUGCGUAUUGCUGAUUUGUGAAAUAUUGGUGAUCAUGGAAUAUUGGUGAUACUCCACAUUUGACUGAUACUUUGUACGAUGCUGAGUUGUUAUACUGCUGAUUCUAUGUCCACAGUAAAUACUGUCAAGAAUGUCAUGUCCUUCUAGAUAUAGGUACAUGUACCUCUUAUAUAUAUUUUACCUUUCAAAGGUACAAUCAUCCAUGCACGUAUCUGGCUUUCGCAUUUUAUUGUAAAAUAUAUAUACUAUUCAUUCACUGCAAUUUAAAUGUAAAUAAGUGAUUAUAUAUACCUCUAUUUAUUCAGUGAUUUUAUUUGUUGCAAACAAAUUGUACAGGGUGGGCCAAAAGAAAAAUACUUUUGUACCUUUCAAUGAUGUUUAGAAUUCAAAAAUAUUUUUGCUUUGGAUGUAACAAUCAAUCAAGUUUGCAGUAUUUGGAUGAGAAAAUCUAACAGCCAAAAGACUCCCAGUUCCAAGGAAAUAUUUGAUGUUAUAAUUUUAAUGUAUUGUCCUACAUAAACCAGAUGGAUGUUUUUCAACAAUUUAUCAAAGAUAUACUUUUCACUUCUUUUAUUUCUGUGAAACAUUUGAUCAUUGAGAGUGCACUGAGGCCAAUAAUGAAAGAUUAAAUGUUCAACAUCAAGAAAAAUAUAACUGGUAGGCAAAAUUUUAGUUGAAAUUGAAAUUGAGUCAAAUACUAUAUUUAUGGUCAGGAAGAUCAGCAAGUAACAGCCUGAUGCAUAAAAAACAUUAAAAACUCAAUCUGGCAGUGGCCCCUUUCUGAUCUUUCCAACCAAAAAUGGGCAUCAGAGAAGUUUUGGUGACCACCUUUUUUUUGAUGCUGAAAUAGUUUUUCUUCAUCUUGCUUAAUUAUCUUAUGAUACUCCUAAAAUUCUUUUUUGCCUGGGAAUGAUUUCAAAAUAUGUUUAUUAUUUACCUUACAUGUACCAGUAUGUGUUUCUCUGACAGAGAAAUGUACUAAAUGUCAAUCUGAUGAUUCAGACCCCCAAUGUCCAGAAACCUAUAAGUAUAUUUAUGCCAUUUUUGGAACAGAAGAAAUCUUUCCUACAUUUCCAGCAAAUAUAAUUUUGAAAUUCAUACAUUACAUAGGAAGGAGUUAUCAGCAAAUAGAAAAUAUGAAUAUUUUGUCCUACCCUGUAGAAUGGCAGAAUCUUUUUUAGAGUAGCAAAAUUGGUCACAUAUAUUAAGAAUUUAAAUCAGUUUUAAAGCAAGGCAAAUCCUCUUCUAGGAUGGCAAAACCAAUCAUACGGUGAUAAAACUGCUGCUAGAGUGCCAAAUGUUUAAAGUCGCUAAACUAUUUUGUAAAUUUGCAAAAAAAAAUAUUUGUAGAGAUUCCGAAUUAAGUAUACAUGUAUGUGAAUUGUGACUUGUUUAAUUCAAUUUAAGCAUUGAUGCUUUUUGAGAAUUCAAAACAUCAUAACAGCAGUACAACCGCAUUCUUAUGAUUAGAGUCAUUUGUAUUCAAGAAUUUACAGUUAGAAAUAACCAUAGAGUUAUAUAGGUGUGCUAACUCUUUCUUAUAAAAAUGGCUUUAAUCAAAGCAAAUAUAUAUCCAAGUUUAUCAGCAUCACCAAUAAAAGCUGUAUUAUGUUAUAUAUUUUGUUUGUGGAGCUAUUUCAAAAUUAAAAAUAUUUAAUACAAAUGGUAGCGAAUUAUUAUUAUAAAACAACAUUCAUUGUGUGUAUGAUUAAUACAUAAUGCUUGUAAACUGUUUUAAUGUUUGAGUUAUUGGCAUAUCCUUUAUGGGACUGUGUCUGAGCUUGACACAAAGGGAGUUGUUCAUUUAGACAAAUUUUACUGUUAAAUUAUUCAAAUAGAUUUUUAUUGUAUGCUGCUAUAAUAUUAUUGUAUAUUGAUGUGCAAAUUGUAUAUUGCAGAGGCCUUUUGAGAUUUAAAAAAAUUUUAAUACUGUUUUUUAUAAAUGUGAUAAAUUGUUGUGUGAGAAAGAGAUUUGUAUGUUAAUGAAGAGAUUUAAGCCUGAUUAGAUAAAAAAUGGUGUGUCAAGUUUUAAACAUGUAUUGUCCAAACUGAAAACAUUUUCAUUUUCAGUAUUUGGGUAAAUGCGCACACAUUUUCAUAAAAUUGUAAUCAAACUCAUCGGAAAUACUUAUGAAAUCAUAAAACUAUUAAACACUUCACUUUUUACUUUUGUUUGAUUUAAAAAAUAUUAAGGUUAUGUGAGUGUGUAUUUGCCAAAAUGAUUUCAAAAACACAGUAAACAGUCCUACAUAAUGUGGCCCUGAGUCAAGAAUUACAUGUAGUCCCAUCAUGUACCAUAAUAAUAAUAAUGUCAAUUGUAUGUACAUAUGCAUUUAAUACAGUAUAUGAUUCAGUCAUAAUUAUGCUUCAUAAUAAUUAUAAUAUAUCUAUCAAUAUAUACAUGUAUAAGAGUUAUGUUCUGGGAGGUUUUGGAUAUAGAGUUUAUCCCAAGGGAAACAUGUGUAUCUCCCCCGGUCCCCCAGGAGAUACACAUAUUUCCCCUGGGAUGAACUCUGUAUCCAAAACUCCAAUACAUGGCAGAUAUAUUCCAUACCUACUGGGGUUCUAGGUGCAUUCGUAGCCUUAUGAAGUUCCAAAAUUUAAAAACAUACAUUUUCUGUCUUAAAUGUUUUCCAUGUUUUUGAGUUUGUGAGAUUUUCCUAAAUUCAUAUUUCCUAUUUUUCAGUGGUAAGGUUCUCGUGUCCACUCUGACCAUCCUUUUAGCAAUACUUCUCGAAGGUUAGAUUUGGUUAGUCAGAUUGCUGGAGCAGAUCAAUGAAUUGAUAUCAAAAUUUAAUAUACAACAUAAGUUUGAAAUAUAUCUUUAUUCGUUCACUUUUUAUGGGACCUGGAUAUGAUGAAUACAGGCUGUAUCCAUCCCAGUCCUGGACCUUGCUGAUCGCUACCUAGAUACACUAUAUAUUCCCACGUGUCAUGUCCCUAGAACCACAGUAGGUGUGGAAUAGAUUAUUAUUAUUCUGUAAAUAAGAUGAGUAUAUUACAUGUAUGUCUAUAUUUAAUAUCUUCAUGGGUGUAGUCAAGUAUGAGGCAACUGCCUUGCAAACAUUUUACGAAAUAUAUUUAUUCAGACGUAUUUCAUCUAAAACUGUAGAAAUGAAGUUCAAAGGUAAUAAAAUACCUUCUUAGGGCUAAAUUUGCCAACUCGCCUCUACAUUUGCUUCAUCAAUUUUCAAUCCUAGCUAAGUCACUGCUCUUCCACUAAAUCAAAAAGUCAUAUUAAUAUCAUAAUAUUAAGUUUUCCAAUAAUUUACCAUCCAAAAUCAGAUUACUAAUAUAUAUGUACAUGUAUAUAUUCAAAUAUCAGUUGACGUAGAAAACAUUGUUGUUAUAUUACAUGUAUUUGUAUGCUGGCAUAUACAUCCAUGAUUUCUUCUAAUAGUGUAUAUAUUUGUGAAAUAAAAUCACAUACACCAUAUGUUAUUCAAGAGGGCACUCAUGGUCAAACAUUUGGUGUUCUUGUAAUUUGUUCAAAUGAUAUCAUCCUAAGCUUAAAAACACCCUAGAAUACAGUGUACAAUUUUAUAUGUUUGGGAUAUGAGAAAGUAAUCCUCAGUUGGAGGUUUUUAUUAUUUUAUAUGUUCCAUAAAUGCUUCAAAUGUUUGGCCAAGGGUGUAUUAUAUUAUAAUAUCAAAAUGCUGCCCUGUGUUUAAAAUCUCACUGACUAUAAUUUUUCUGUGUCAUGGAUCUGCCAAAGUUUCAAUUGACUGCCUUGUAACCCAUAAAUAGGAAAAUUACAUAGCAGGCCAGUAUUGAUUAUAAUUCUGUUCAUUUUUAUUCCUUACUCAUUCCACCAUUUUCAACUAUUUCACCACAUUUUAUUAAUGGUCUUUGCCUAUAUCAUCUUCUAUUCUGAGAUUUUUCUGACAGAGUACUUUGGCAUCAAAUCUCUGGCACCAGUUUCCUUGUUCAAAACAUGAUUUUCACAGGUUUAUGGUCAGUUUUUGAUUUUAAGUAUUUUUGCAGUGACAUAAGUUUAUAUUAAACACACUAUCCGAGGCAUAUAUAGUCAUGUAUUUUAAUAGAAAUUUAGUGUAAGAUGCCACAUGAGAAAAUAUUGUAAUAUUGAAAUGCUUGUGCCAUAAAUUGCAGCCACCAUUGUAGACAGGGAGUCAGGGGUUUGAAUAUUUGAAGACUUAUUCCCUCUCAGUCCCAGUAUUGCAAUGUCUGCUGUAUUGAACAUGACAUUUGAGAUUUUUUGAAAUAACAGUUUGUAUGAGAAAUAUAUUCAAAAUGUAAUUAUAACAAUCACACAUAGUUGUAUUUUGUAUUCUAUAUUUGAGAAUUACAUCCUUAUGCCGAUGUCUCAAGUUAUUAUAUUCCAGAGUUUGUAAUUCUAAUGAGUUUUCUAAUAAAAUAGCUUCAUUCAUUCCAGU